GCUUUAAUUUUAUCGCCAUUACAAGCACAUUAUUUGAAGAGAGAACUUAUUUCUCGUCAUAUAAGACCUGAUAUUCUAUCACUUCACAAUAUGGAGCUUCAAAAAACUUGUAAAUUCAAACAGAAAGAAAUAAAAGGAGAAGGGUGGUCCAAUACUUUUGGUAGGGGAGUAUAUCACCUCGUCCUUGCGAUAUUACAGUAUAUAGAGACUUUUAACCCUGAGGUCUCAUUUACCGGAACUAUCAACAAUGUUAAGAUAGAUAGUACAAGUUUAUUAAAUGAUCUCUUUGCUACGCUCGUCAAAGAGGCAAAGAAAUUUAAUCGAAUUACUGUUUCAGUGGUAAUAGUAGUGAUUCCUGGUGAUGAUUUUGUGGGAAUUGCUUAUGAUUAUGAUUUAGAAAGUCAAUAUAAAAACGAUGAUUUAGAACAGUGUCAGAUUCAGUUUCUAUGA